AUGUGUGUUGCAAAGACCUUGGAGAAGAAUCCAUUUUCCAUCAGCGGAGGGACUCCAAGCACCAUUUUGCCAUCGGCAGCCAGCAUCCAGCUCGCUCAGCUCCAAGCCCAGCUGACCCUUCAGCGCCUGAAGUUCGCUCAGUCUGCGGUGAACAGCAACACAGCAGCCGCCAGUGUCCUGAGCCAGGUCCUUACCAAGGUUGCCAUGUCUCAGCCUCUGUUUAACUCCCUGAUUGGUGCCACGUCUGCACAAGCUGGGGGAUGUAUGCCCGGCCCAGCUAUGCCCCCGGCUGGCCUGGCCUAUCCCCCCCAAACUCCAGCGUUAACUGCCCUGGUGGCUGGAGGCAUGGGCCAAGGUGGGAGCCUGCAGACACAGAGCUCCAGCCCACUCACGAUGAACCCAUUUGUAGGGAUGACUUCACAGUCAUCUGCCCAUUCAGGAACUCCAGCUAUGAACCUGAGCAAACCUGCCUCAUCACAGCCUUCCGUUGCUUUCUCUGAAUAUCCAGCUGACUUCUCCUGUAAGACCAGUGCUGCCAGCAACCACACCUACAUGCACGAAGAGGUACUACCUACCCAAGGAUUUCAUCCAUUUGGCUUCAGUGGCGAUAUACCCAACAUCCUUCCUAGUAACCACGGCCCAGUUAAAGGGCCACAACUUUUGAGCCAGCCCCAUCCGGGAUUUCAGAUGGACUUCCAGAAUUCCCAGGCAUCCAGAAUGCAGGCACUCGGUUUUCUGGGAGAAAUGAGUGCUGGUGGCUUCCCCCAGGUCCAGCCAUCUGCAAAUCCACAGAACCAGGGGAACUGGACCCCCGAUCAGUGGCAAAACCUGCAGCCCAACAGGCCUGAGUUUGCAGCCCAGCCCCAGGACAUGUGGCCCUCCAAGGGUCAACACAUGAGGAAUGAGCUGUACAACCCCGAGGAGCCGACAUCUGAAGGGAAGUCCAUGGUUGGACAGCCACCUCACCUCAACAGACCCAGCAACUGCAACCAGAACGUCUGUGGCCCACAGUUCAAUCCACGCGACAGGCCACCACCGGGCUCCCAGCCAGAGAGACAAAUGCAGCCCCGGGAACUCAAUGACUUCCACGGCCUGGUGCCCUCCCAGCUGCCUCACAUUUGCUCGAUAUGCGACAAGAAAGUCUUCAACCUCAAGGAUUGGGAACAUCAUGUGAAAGGAAAGCACCACAUCCAGAACUGCACCAUCUUCUCUGAAAGUUCAGGAAUUGGGUCAAAUAACUACACAAGAUCGACAAAUGGAGGUGUCAACUCGUGUGGAACCAGUACAAUUUUGACUCCUUCCGACUUCCCAUUAGAUAACAGUCAAUCUCAUUUGAGGACAUAUCCCCCACCAAUUCAUGGAUUCUCUUCACCACCUCCUGGAUCAAAGCUUUUUCCGCAGAGGAAGCCUGGACCCAGCCGAGUUGUUCACAUCUGCAAUCUUCCUGACGGGAGCUGCACGGAGAGUGAUGUCAUUAAUCUUGGACUUCCAUUUGGGAAAGUUACAAAUUAUAUCCUCAUGAGAGCCACAAACCAGGCCUUUCUGGAAAUGGCAUAUCCUGAAGCAGCCCAGGCCAUGGUACAGUUCUACCAGCAGAAACCCCCUGCCAUUGGUGAACAGCAGCUACUUGUUCGCAUGUCCAAACAAUAUAAAGAGCUCAAGUUGAAGAAACCAGGGAAGAAUGUGGAUUCAAUCAUCAAUGAUAUUAAUUCUCAAAAAGAACGUGAGAUGCAGAAAAGUUUGGACAGAUUCCCACCUGAGAGACCCCGGUCCCGCAGUCCCUUCAUGCAGUCACUCAGCCCAAAGAUGGAAUCUCACAGCCCAAGCCUGACAUCAUGUUGUUCCUCCCAGCGUUCCUCCCUGAGCCCCCGGAAGGGCAGCAUGAGUCCUAUGCUGGUCGCCAAGGGAGAAUGGAGUAAUGGGUUGGAAAGAAGAGGAUCACGGGACUAUCAUUUUCACAAAAGAAGGAAUGAGGAGAAAAGUGAAACCACACUGAAGAAUUAUUCUGGAGAUGAAUCUGAUAAGCGCGGUUUUGACAGAAGACAAUAUUUUAAAUCAAGUGGACGGAGCAGCCCACAGUUAUUGGAGGACAGUGGAGAUGGUUACCAAGGAUACAAGGAUAAAUAUGCAAAAUCUGGACCUCAAAACCUGAUUCCACCCCAUUCUAAAUACAAGAUGCAAAAUGUAGAGGAUUAUAAGAAGGAACAUAAACUUAAGUCGGUAAGACAUCACUGUUCACCACGGACUAAAGAGAAAGGUAGAGAUGUCCACCAGUGGUCAGGCAAGAGGUUGAGUUCAAGCCAUCAAGAUCAGACUGAGCACAAAGAUGAAUCUGAGGGUCUGAUAUCUCCUACUCAGAUGGAUGCUCAAGAAGAGAAGGGAAGAAGUAAACAAGAUGAAACAUCUGAUAGUGAGGUCGAUGAAGAAAAUAGUCAAUGUUCUUCGAAAAAACGUUCAUCUCCCAGGAGCAGUAGGCUUCCAGAACCAGAGACAGAAAGAAGCACAAAGGAACAGAGCACAUCUGAGAGUGGAAGUGAGACUGAAGGUGAUGCAUGGUAUUCUGGCAGCUUGGAGGAGUUUGUCACUGUGGAUGAGGUGGGAGGAGAGGAAGAACAUUUGAUGGAGGUCCAACAGGAGGCUGCUGAGAUCCAGGAGAGUGAGCAUAUUCAAACUGAACAGGAUGGGGAAAUGGAAGCGAGUAUUGAUAACCUAAUAGUAAAAGAGACAGUUAUUGACUGCGGACAUCCCAGUGAAAACCUUCAGAACUCUUCACCUCGAGAUCCAAAAUCAAUGAGUCCAACCCUUUCUCCAGGGAGUGAUCGUCUCAACAUGGAAUCUGAGAACCAUUCAGAAUUAGUGUCUAAUUCAAUGAAUGAAAUGCAACAGAUUGCUGACAAAGAACUGCAGCGGCCUGUGGAUUAUCAAAGCUGUGAGACGGGCAAAUUGUUGACUGAAAAUGAAUCCAUUGACCAACUAGAUGCAGAAAAUCAGUGCAGACCUACUGAGUCGUGUGAAAAUGAUGUGAAUCAACAACAGGAACAUUCUUCAAGUGAAGGGGCAGAACCUCCAAGAACAGAACAAGCAUUGGCAAGCAUCAGUAUCAGAAGUCCAGAAACAACUGAAAUCAAGAAACAGUAUCCAGAAGGAAUCAGUGGAGAAAACCUAAGCCAACCAAUGCAAGAACCAGCUGGAAGAAAUCAACAACCCCCUCAUAUACAACAAACUCAGUUGCCAUGGAAGCACAACAAUGUCUUCUCUAAUCUUAGUAUUCCUCUAGGUGUUGAGUUUGUAGAAGCUAGAACUGGAUUUUACUGCAAACUCUGUGGCCUCUUUUACAUUACGGAGGAAGCUGCAAAAACCAGUCAUUGCCGAAGUCCAGUCCAUUAUAAGAACCUGCAGAAAUACCUAUCACAGCUGGCUGAAGAAAGUCUGCAGGAAGGUGAAAGAGAUGGCAACCCUGGAAUGGAGGAAGAAGUUGGGAUCAUGCCACAGUUCGAAACUAAAGAGUCCAAUCCUUCCUGAAACAGCCAAUUAAGAUUCAGCUUUAGAGUCUCUGAUGUCAGUGGAACAAAGGCCUAAUUCUUAAGGAUUGCUUCAGAAUGUGGAGCUGGAAUAUCACACCAGGCCAAGAAAGGGUGAAAAAGACAGAAAGAAGGACAGAGAGAAAUAGAUCCUCUGAUUUAUUGUGAUACUUUGGAAAAAUGCCUUUAUCCUUAAUCUUCAUUGAUCAGGCCAAUCAUAUUCAGGGAAUUUCUAGUUUCUAAUAACUGUGAUAGUGAUUAAAUGUAUUGGUUUGAUGGAGAAAUUUUAUUUGGACCAUUUCAUAUGGGUAAUUAAUUUAUG